GAUCUGUCGGCGCCAUGAGUUAUCCACACCAACUGAUUGGCUGCUGUCUUCUGCUUCUGUUGGGUCUGCCCCUCUGCCGGGCGGGUGCAACCGAGGAACAGAUGUGGGCCGCCGGCAGGCUAAUGCGCGACGUCUGCCAGCCCAAGUUUCCGAAGAUUACGCCGGACAUAGCCGAUGGCAUACAGAAGGGCAAUCUGCCGGAUGACAAGGAUGCCAAAUGCUACAUUAACUGUGUCAUGGAAAUGAUGCAAACGAUGAAGAAGGGCAAAUUCCAGAUGGAGUCAACGCUGAAGCAGGUGGAGCUCCUGAUGCCGGACAGCUAUAAGCCAUCCUAUCGCAAGGGCAUCGGCGAGUGCAAGGAUGCCGCCGCCGGGAUCAAGAACAACUGCGAUGCGGCGCAUGCUCUGCUCAGCUGUUUCCGGGACAAGAUUGAAAUCUUUGUGUUCCCCUGAUACAUAUAUAUAUAUAUAUAUGGCUAUAUAUCACGCUCCAGUUGGUCACGUGCCUAUGAAUAAAAAUUCGACUUGAACUGUAAA